GUCAGGGGCGCGGCCGCAGGCACCGUGGCGCGCGUGCUGGCCAACCUGUCGGGCGCGGCGGCGGCGGCGAAGGCCUUCGCCACCGAGGGGCCCCUGCCGAGGCCGGUGCUGCCACCACAGGAGCACCGGCAGGAGGGCGCCCUCGCCGAGCCCGGGCCGCGGGAGCUGGCGGCGCGGAGGCGUGAGCGGGACAAGGACGGCAGCCGCAGUAUCAGCCGCGGGAGGGGCCGGCGCAGCGGCUCCCGCAAGCGCAGCCGCAAGCGCAGUCGCAGCGCGAGGCGGCGGCGGAG